ACGUAUGCCUUUCCGGACACGACUGAUGUUGCGACCAAAGAGUGGCAUAUCACAUCAGAAUCAGCCAAUCUCAUAGCAUUUGCACUGGCAAACACAGGCCGGGUGCAGGAUGCGACAGAGCUGUUUGGGUUGGGGUCGAGGAUGAAGAAUUCAUCGCGCAAGGGCUUCCAGAUUACGGAUUCGGAUCCCACGCCGGAAACGAUGUCUGUACUGUUGAAGGCCUUGGGUGAUGCUGGCGACUGGCAAAUGGCCGAAAAGAUCUUCAAUGAGUCUUUAUUCUACGGUGCGCCUGUGGGGACCCCUCUCUAUAAUGCGAUGUUGAAUGUGUACGGAAAUACUGGACAGAUACAGUCUAUGCUAGCCAUGAUCAAAGAAAUGAAUCUCCAGAGCAAUUUGUCCCGCUCAUUGACUGCGUCAGAAGUGGAUAAAACCGUGUCGGUCAUACCUAACGGGGAAUCGGCUGCUGCGAUUUUCAUGGUGAGUUUUGUAUUUAUUGUGACGGAG